AUGACGCCGAACGCCGAGAAUGCCCUCGGGCACCACCACCUUGUCUUCUACAAUAUCUCCGUCUGCAAGAUGCCCGUCAAGUAUCCAACGGUGCCACGAACGUGGGCGCAACAUGCGGAACUGCGUGCAUCCGAGUACGCCCAGUACUUGGACAGUCUCUCGGACGAAGAAUAUGCCGCGCUUGAGGCUGAAGGCAAGCUGUCUGACGAGGAGGACGCGGGUGACGGUGCGGAGGGGUGCGCUUGCGUGGACGAGGGCAUCGAUUUCUUUGUCGGCGGCGAAGUCAGCAAGGAUGUCGGGGCCGAUUCGGAUGCACAGUAG